CUUGAAUGGCCCUGGGCUUGCCCAGCACAGACAGCCUCGGGGACCUUACUCCCCGUAGAUGCCGCCGCCGCGCAUUCCGAACAGAUCCGCUCCAUUACUCCUCCCCGCCGUCGUCCUCUCCUCCGGCUACUCCCCCUCCCGCCGCCGGCCGAAUCACCCAAGAUGGAUUGGCAGGGGCAGAAGCUCGCGGAGAUGCUGAUGCAGCUGCUGCUGGUGGCGUCGGCGGUGGCGGCGUUCGUGGUGGGCUACGCCAUGGCGGACUUCCAGCUCAUGCUGCUCGUCUACGCCGGCGGGGUCGUCCUCACCGCGCUCGUCACCGUCCCGAACUGGCCCUUCUUCAACCGCCACCCGCUCAAGUGGCUCGACGCCGCCGAGGCCGACCGCCACCCGCGCCCGCAGGUCAGCGCCACCCCUUCCACCGUGGGUAAGAAGAAGGCCGGCAAGAACAAGUAGUAGCCUUCAGGUUCAGGGUAGCAGAUGUUCUUGAUUGAUCGGUUAAUCUGUGGACACUUGUUCUUAUGAUGAUAUUAUAAUUGCUCAACUUUUGAUUAUGGGGAUGCUACAUACUUGUGGUACAUAGCAUGUUGCUGAGAAGUGAGAAUUAGCUUGCUUGCUGGUCACCUGUUAUCUGCUUUAAUUGCCCAGAAAAUCGGUAUGUGGUAAUAGUCUUAGACAAGAGCAUGACUGCAUGAGCUUUUGAACUAAUUAUUGCAACUGUGACAUUGAAACUGGCAGAGAUGCUUGGCAAACAAAGUUGUCCUCGCUGCA